AUGAUGGCUCUCGUUCCUCGUUCCUUGGAUGAUUACAUCUCUUUGACCGAUUUUGCUUGUCUUGUGCAGACAAAUCUAUCAACCGUCACCUUGGGUCAACCCGUUCUAUCUCCUGAUAUCAUUUCCCAACUUGACGACCAACUCAAUGGCGAUCUACUCAUUGUACUCAACACACCGGCGGGAGACGAUGCAGACUUGAAAAGACUGGAUGCCAUUGGCACAUCGCUAUGGAAUACUUGCUCUCAGCUCAUAGUGGCCCGCGGUCAAUUCAGUGAUGACUUGUGUACAAUUGGGAAGGCUCGAGCUCUCGCGUUUGGACUCGUCAAUGUCGCUGCGCCAGCGAAGAUGCUUGGUUGGCUCAGGUCUUUGGCCUGCUCUCUCAUUGCUGCACAGACCUGCAUCGGUACGAUAUAG